UCCAAUGCAGGAGUAGAUCCCGCAAGGAAGUACUGCCUGACCAAGUUGCAUGAAUUAUUCCGCAACAUAUUCUUGCGAUAUCCUGUUCUCCCCGAAGCUGAGGGCGUCUCUAUCGAGAAGAAACCCGAAGAGUUGACUCCGGAAGAGAAGGUGGUGCUUGAGGAUAAGGCGAACCGCUUCGCUACAGAUUUGGAGGAGUGCAUGUUUGAACUGUAUGCCGAACCUGACGCGAAGACAGGCAAGCGCACUGCUGCUGCCAAGUAUAAGGAGCGUUUCCGUAUGCUUACAUUCAAUUUGAGCAAAUCUGACCGAGUUGUUCUGCACAAACGGAUAGCCGCGUCACAUAUCAGUCCCAAGGAACUAUCUACUAUGUCUUCUACUGAUUUGGCAGACGAGGAGACCAAGCAGUCCAUCAGACAAGCCGAACAGGAGGCUUUGGAACACUCGAUUCUGAAGAAGACCGUCAUGCCGAGAGCAAAGAUGACU